ACCGACUGGUGGGCAGUGAAGUGUUCUGAAGUCUGCCUUCUUGGGUGUCAGAGUUUAUAGCUUGUAUUUAAAGUCUUUCCCCCUCCCAUCUCAGAAAGAUGAGCAAAGCUGCUUUGAACAAACAUAAAGACUCCAUCUUCAGUGCAGAGGAUGGCUAUGUGAAGAUGUUCCUACGUGGCCGACCCAUCACUCUGUACAUGCCACAGGCACUGACUGGAACAUACAAGUUGCAAGCCACGACUGAAUUACCAGCCUCCAAACUGAAGAUGGAAUGGGUGUAUGGUUAUCGAGGGCGCGAUUGCCGGUCCAAUCUCUAUCUCCUACCGACAGGCGAGAUUGUUUACUUUAUCGCGUCGGUUGUUGUUCUGUACAACGUAGAAGAGCAGCUGCAGCGUCAUUACCUCGGACAUAAUGACGAUGUGAAAUGCCUUGCAGUACAUCCUGACAGAGUCACCAUGGCGACAGGGCAGGUGGCAGGAACCACAAAAGAUGGAAAGCAUCUUCCACCUCACGUGCGUGUGUGGGAUUCGGUGAGCCUCAGCACACUGCACGUCAUCGGAUCUGGAGUCUUCGAUCGAGGCAUUUCUUGUGUGUCCUUCUCUAAGUCCAAUGGAGGGGUUCACCUUUGUGCAGUGGAUGAUUCCAAUGAACAUGUCCUCUCUGUUUGGGACUGGCAGAAAGAGCUAAAAGUGGCUGACGUGAAGUGUUCCAACGAGUCUGUGCUGGCAGUGAGUUUCCACCCCACCGAAGCCCAGCUCCUCAUCACCUGCGGCAAAUCCCACAUUUGCUUCUGGACGAUGGAAGGCAACACUCUUUCUAAGAAGCAUGGCAUUUUUGAGAAGCAAGAGAAACCCAAAUACCUUCUGUGUUUGGCUUUUUCUGAAAAUGGGGAUGUGAUCACUGGUGACUCAAGUGGAAAUCUGGUUGUUUGGGGAAAAGGAACUAACCGGAUCAGCUCGGCGGUUCAGGGGGCUCAUGAAGGUGGCAUUUUCAGCCUCUGCGUGCUGAAUGAUGGGACCCUUGUGUCCGGUGGAGGGAAAGACCGCAAAGUCAUCCUCUGGGACAGGCAGUACCACAAGGUCCAGGAAACCGAGAUUCCUGAGGCCUUUGGCCCGGUGAGGACAAUUGCAGAAGGAAAAGGCGAUGGAUUAUUUAUUGGCACAACAAGGAACUGCAUUCUCCAAGGCACACUGAGCGGGGGAUACUGCCCUAUUGUACAAGGUCACACUGAUGAGCUGUGGGGACUCUCUGCUCACCCGGGUCAGGACAGGUUUGUGACGUGUGGGCAGGACAAGUUGAUCCAUCUCUGGGACUCCACGUCACACCAGCCAGUCUGGACUAAGACUCUGGAUGAUGCAGCUCAGUCAGUUGGUUUCCAUCCCAGUGGGUCUGUUAUCGCAGUGGGAAUGCAAACUGCCAGGUGGAUGGUAAUUGAUGCUGAAACAAAGGAUCCCAUUACUGUGCACACCGAUGGGAAUGAGAAGCUGUCUGUGAUGAGCUAUUCUCCAGAUGGCAAUUACCUGGCCAUUGGAUCGCACGACAACUAUGUUUACAUCUACACAGUGGCCGAAAAUGGCAGGAAGUACAAUCGAGUGGGAAGAUGUUCCGGACACUCCAGUUUUCUAACACAUCUGGACUGGUCGACUGACAGUCGCUACAUAGUCACAAACUCUGGAGACUAUGAGGUCCUCUUCUGGACUCCGAACUGUAAACAGGUGACCAGCAUGGAUGUGGUGCGGGACUUGGAGUGGGCAACUUCUUCCUGUGUACUGUCCUUCCAGGUCUUUGGUGUCUGGCCAGAGGGGGCUGACGGGACUGAUAUCAAUGCCAUUUGCAGGUCAUCCGAUGAUCAACUCCUUGUCACAGCAGAUGACUUUGGGAAAGUGAAUUUGUUUUCCUAUCCGUGCUUGCACCCUCGGGCGCCAAGUCACAAGUACAGUGGCCACAGCAGUCAUGUGACCAACAUUGCCUUUCUCCAUGACAACACCAGUCUGAUCUCCACUGGUGGGAAGGACAUGAGUGUCAUUCAAUGGAGCGUCGCCUAGGUUACCGCACUUUAUCCAGUGAUGCAAUCCCAGCCGUGUGGAUUGGGUGGUGCUAGGGCACUGCACAGCAAGAUUCCACCCUUCAGUGCCUCAUUAGUCACCAAUUCUCUUUUUAUUUGUUUUGCGGUUUUGCUGAAUUUAUUUUUGUUUUAGUGGGAAGCUGAAGGGGUAUCUAUUGCUCUUCCCUUACCCUCAGCCCCUGCACUAUGGCUUUUUAAAAAGAUUUCUUUAGCCUCCUUGGGCCACUUCCAACUCGAGGACAGUCCUAUAGCUGCAUUGAAACGAUUCGCAGUCUGUCUCCAUCACCCCUGCUGUGCUCAAGUCAUUGCAUGUGGUAUGAGCAAUUUUUUUUUAAAAUCAAUAUAAGAAUCCAUUCUGGAGAUCCCUUUUUGUAAGCAGUUGGUUCCUGUUGAGAUUCAGUUCCAAAGGAAUCCCGCAAACCACUUUCUCAGCUGGACCCUACAAGGGUAACGGGGUGUGUAGGAGAGGGCACAGGUCUAUUAUUGCUCCAAGGCUAUCCUGAUUAGUCCAAUCAUUGAUUGAUUGAUUUGUGUCAACACUCCCCCGGUCUGUUUUCUGGGGGUUGUUUAAAGGCUUCUGCGCCACCCUAGGACUCCAAACUGAGAUUUUGCAAAAAGGCAUUUCCACCUCUGACCCACCGGCCCUCCCAAAGUUGCCUUCCUGCUGCGUUCAAACGGCCGGCCCAUUGCGGUGAAAACUCUGGGAGCCUUUUUCCUCACCCUCUCUGCUGAAGGAACCGGACACUGUUUCCAAUUCUGCGACAGACCCUUUUUCACAGCUGGAGCCCGUGGGGAAUCUUCACGGGGAUACCCUAUGUGUCUAAAACCAUCAGGAGUCAACCAAACGGGCAAAAAUAGUUCUCUUGUAUUCAAUUUAUUUUCUAAAUGUGCUGAAAAUGUCAAGGCUGACCAUUCGGUUUUUGUUUCUGUCCGAUUAUCACCUGGUUUGGGAUUCCCAGACUAGUCCCACACCAGAGUACUUGGGUUUGUUAUUUUUAAAUGAGAGGUGUGGGGUUAAGAAGUGUUUUUGCUUUUGCCACGUCGACUGCAGUCCCUAGAUCAAUCAUGUAGCACGGAAGAGGCCCUUCAGCCCAUCAAGUCUGUGUCACCAUGGCAACCCAACUGGCUCAUGGGAAUUCAUUUUCUUGUUGGACUAACACAUCUUCCAAAUUUUUUUUUCCUCUUUAUUUUUCCCCCUCCACCAGCCCCAAGUUUGUUUGGAUAGCCACAGGCUCUGAUCCAAUUUCCACACUAUGGAUUUGCAACUGGGAAAGCCUGUCGAACAGGCCAUUAUCCAUUUUUUUUGUUGUUUCUAAGCACAGUGACAAAUGUGUAUGCACUAAACUUCCAUUUGCACCAUUUAAAUGCCAAUGUUAUCAAUCUGCUGACCUGGCAACACCACGUGGCCAUUACCUCGACACCCGAAGUAAGGCAGUUGGAUGGGAUCUAUCAGGUAAUGGCCUGGUUGACAGCAGCAAAGCCAUUUGGUUAUUAACAGAUUCCUGAAUACAUUUAUGUUCCCCUCUCCCUGUUUUGGCUGAACCAUGGUUUAAAUCCCUCCUGAUGUUCCUCAAAUGUGCUCUCUCUCUCUCUCUCACUGUCAUUUAUAAAUCUGAUCUCACCAAUCUCCCCCACGUUCUGAGAAUGGACUUUUAUUUUUAGAAAGUGUAUAUAACUAACUGAUUUAAGAAUCACAAUGAAGAAAUACAAAUGGAAAAUGAA